CUUUUCAGCCCCAGCUGACCAGGAGAACCUUUGUCUGUACAGUUUUCUUCUAGAUACCUUAUUCUCCAAGUACUUCAUACCACCUCCUGCAUCUCCUCUUCUCUCUGACAUCCAGGAGGAUUUCUAUCACCAUCUACUUGGUCUGCAGCCAGCAGCGUCGGCAUGGGGGAAGUUGGAACACCAUCCCUCUUUCUUUCCUGUACUGUCUUCCUCCUCUUCAUCCCUGCUUCAUUAGCAGCCUCCUCUGCAAUGAUCUCCGUCACCAACAGCUCCGACACCAACAGCACCAAGUGUGGAGGAAACACAGACUGUCUGCCAGGAGUCAUCCUUCCUGUUUGGCUUCCCUUGGACCCCCCAUUGGGUGAGAAGCUCGCCAGAGCCGCCAUCUACUUCCUGGGCAUGAUGUACAUGUUCUUGGGGGUGUCCAUCAUCGCAGACCGCUUCAUGGCGUCCAUCGAGGUCAUCACUUCCCAGGAGAGGCAGGUCACCAUCAAGAAAGCCAACGGAGAGAAGAUGGUCACCACGGUUCGCGUCUGGAACGAGACGGUCUCCAACCUCACCCUCAUGGCUCUGGGCUCCUCCGCCCCGGAGAUCCUGCUGUCUGUGGUGGAGGUUUGUGGGCACAACUUUAACGCCGGCCAGCUGGGCCCCAACACCAUCGUGGGCAGCGCCGCCUUCAACAUGUUUGUCAUCAUCGGCCUCUGUGUCUCCGUCAUCCCGGACGGAGAGCACCGCAAGGUCAAGCACCUCCGCGUGUUCUUCGUGACCGCGGCCUGGAGCAUCUUCGCCUACACCUGGCUGUACCUCAUCCUGGCCGUCAUCUCCCCGGGGAUCGUGGAGGUGUGGGAGGGCCUGGUCACCCUUUGCUUUUUCCCCGUCUGCGUGGGUUUCGCCUACGUCGCCGACCGCAGGCUGCUCUUCUACAAAUACAUGCACAAGCGCUACAGAGCGGGCAAGCACAAAGGGAUGAUCAUUGAGACGGAGGGAGAGCCGGAGCACCUGUCCAAGGCGGAUCUGGAGAUGGACGUACAGAUGGCCGUGCCCCGCGUAGAGGAGCUCCGGGGGGAGACGAAUGAGGAGGAGAGAAGUGGCGCCGUUUACCGCUGCCACGGCGCCCGGGUGGCCACGGGGGCGCCGGGGAACGUUUUGAAGAAGCACGACCAAGCCAAGAGAGUCGUCCAUCACAGCAACUCCUCCCCGACGACCUCCAAGAUCUUCUUUGAGCCGGAGAGCUACCAGUGCGUGGAGAGCUGCCGCGCGGUGGCGCUGCGGGUGGUGAGGCGCGGGGGCCAGCCGGACCACGGCGUGUCGGUGGACUACCGCACCGAAGACGGCACGGCCAAGGCCGGGGCCGACUACCGCUUCACCGAAGGGACCGUCUCCUUCCGCCCCGGCGAGACGGAGAAGGAGAUCCCCGUGGACAUCGUCGACGACGACGUGUUUGAGGAGGAGGAGCACUUCCUGGUGCACCUGAGCAACGUGAGGGUGACGGGGGAGAGCUGCGACCCCCAGGGGUCGGGCCUGGGCCUGCCCUGCUCCGCCGCCGUCACCAUCCUGGACGACGACCACGCCGGGGUCUUCACCUUCCAGGACCCUGUGGUCACGGUCAGCGAGAGCGUGGGCCUGCUGGAGGUCAAGGUGGUCCGGACGGGUGGAGCCCGCGGCGUGGUGGCGCUGCCCUACAAGACCCUGGAGGGGACGGCCCGGGGGGGAGGAGAGGACUUCGAGGACACCCACGGCGUCCUGGAGUUUGACGACGACCAGAUUGUAAAAACCAUUCAAAUCAAUAUUGUUGAUGAUGAAGAGUAUGAGAAAAACAAGAACUUAUUCCUGGAGAUUGGGGAGCCACGCCUCCUGGAGAUGAGUGGCAGGAAAGCUGUCCUGCUUCAGGAAGCUGGUGGAUUCAUUAAGACAGAUAAAAGACGUUAUGGGGGGGAGGUCUACAGGAAGGUUCAGGGGCGCGAGGGUCGUGACCUCCAGCACUCGGUUGUCAACAUCACAGAGGGAGCUGGGAAGGAGGAGAGUGUCUCUAAGAGGGAGGAGGCGGAGCGGCGUGUCGCUGAGCUGGGCCGACCCCGCCUGGGGGAGCACGCCCGGCUGGAGGUCGUCAUAGAGGAGUCUUAUGAGUUCAAGAACCUGGUGGACAAGCUGGUGAAGAAGACCAACCUGGCUCUGGUGAUUGGGACCAACAGCUGGAGGGAACAGUUUAGGGACGCCAUUACUGUCAACCCCGUAGAUGACGAUGACAACGAGGAGGAGCAGGACGGGCAGGGGGAGAAACGUCUCCCUUCCUGCUUUGAUUACGUCAUGCACUUCCUGACGGUCUUCUGGAAGCUGCUGUUUGCUCUCGUGCCCCCGACCGACUACUGCAACGGCUGGGCCUGCUUCGUGGUGUCCAUCUCCGGCAUCGGCCUGCUGACGGCCUUCAUCGGUGACCUCGCCUCCCACUUCGGCUGCACGGUCGGACUCAAGGACUCUGUGACCGCCGUGGUGUUUGUAGCCCUAGGGACGUCCGUACCAGACACGUUUGCCAGUAAGUUGGCCGCCAUCCAGGACCAGUAUGCGGACGCGUCCAUCGGCAACGUGACGGGCAGCAACGCCGUCAACGUGUUCCUGGGGAUCGGCGUGGCGUGGUCCAUCGCGGCCGUGUACCACCAGGCCAGGGGGGACUGGUUCCGGGUGGACCCCGGGACCCUGGCCUUCUCCGUGACCCUCUUCACGGUGUUUGCGCUGGUGUGCGUGGCCGUGCUGAUGUUCCGGCGGCGGGCGUCCAUCGGGGGGGAGCUGGGAGGCCCCCGGGGCCCCAAGGUGCUGACCAGCUGUCUGUUCUUCAGCCUCUGGCUGGUGUACAUCGUGCUGUCGUCUCUGGAGGCCUACUGCCACAUCCAGGCCUUCUAACCUGGGACAGGUUCUACCGGUUCUAGAAGCACUGGUACACCUGGACAUCUAGCGGUUUGUGACUUGCAGGCUUAAGGGAUGUUUCAUUGUAACUUGUGCCACUCAUAUAGACACUGCACUGAGCCCAGGGGGGAAAUAAAAAAUAGAAUAACCUUGUGUGUUUCAAAAA